UCUCAGGCCUUAAACGACGUCGUUUGUACGGGAAUCCCCCUUCUCCCCAACGGCACCCUGAAAUGCUCCCUGCUUCCCACCUGUCAUCUCUCUGUUUCUCAAUCUAGGGUUUCAGAAUUCUUCAGUGGGUCGAUUUCAUCCUGCGCCGGACGAUCAAGGCUCCUGAUUCAGUUUGCGAUCAGAACCCUAGGUUUCUCAUUGGAGAGUGACAGCUGAAAAACCUAGGCAAAAUCGAGGAGGAGAAAUCUGGAAAUGUCGAAGUCUUGCAAGGGCCUGGCAAUGGAGCUUGUAAAAUGCCUCAGCGAAACCGAUUGUGUUAAGGUUGAGAAGCGAUCAUUUAAGGAAUGUUGUGGAGAGAAAAGCCCAUCGAUAUCAAGUGAAUGUGUGGGACUACGGGAAACAUAUUUCAAUUGCAAGAGAGGCCAGGUUGACAUGAGAGCUAGGAUUCGGGGAAACAAAGGCUACUAAAGUGAGGGGAGAUGAUGAUAUUGGGAACAAAGCAAGAUUCUCAUCAAGAUUACAUGGACAGAGCUGAAAAAGCAAGGAGGGCAAGGCUUUCUACAAGUUCAUCAUCUGAUAAAAAUGAUAUUUGAAAGCUUGCCAUGAGGGGCAUAAUUUCUUAAAGAGACGAUUGUGAUGGUUAGAAGAUAUAUUGGCCCGUCUUUUUUUAAGAACUUGCACAACAGACUGGCUUCUCAUGAUCCACAAAUAAAUUUAUACAAGCACAUUUGCAGAUAAGCUUCUGUUUCUUGGUUGUUUUUUGAGUUGCAUUACUGGAAUGUUUUCUGAGUGGUACUCAAAAUUGGUUUGGGAAGUAGAAAUUGCUUGAAAUUUUCCUAUAUAGGAAUUUGAUUUGACAAGCUGGCAGAUCAUUUUUUAGCAUGGCUGAUAUUAUCAUUAAUCAGAUGAUCCAAAUUAUUGGUGGUGACUUUUUUCUCA